AAAGAAGAGAGCAAGCGACCACGAGGAACCUUACGACGCUUGAUUCUUCUUCUUAUUCUUCAAGACCUGUGUCGUCCUUAUUCUUUGACUACCAAAAGUGCCAUGGAAAGGUCUUGCGGCAUCGAGCUCUCGCAGGUUGCCCCGUUCGAGACCGCCAUAAAGUACUAGUACGCUAGCCUAGCCAAGCCCCUGGCUCAGACCCAGAAUCCCGGAAUCCCAAAAUGGCUGCACAAAUACCGACCUCCUCCAUCAUUGGCGCGGGCGUGACCAAAAACAAGGGCCCUCGCGCCUGUACAACAUGUGCAAGAGCAAAAUCCCGCUGCCGUCCCGGGCCGGUCCCUUCAGCCUGUGAACGCUGCCAUCGGCUCGAGAAGCCAUGUUCUUCUCAAACCCCAGCCCCGCCGCGCAAGCGGAAGGAGACGAGGCCCAACAGGAUGGCCGAGCUGGAGCGCCGGCUGCAGGACCUCACCAGCAAGCUCCAGCCCGUCGUGGACGCACGGCAGCAGCAGCAGCAGCAGCAGCAGCAGCAGCAACAGCACCACGGCGACCAACAGCUAUCGCCGCCCGUGUCUACCCCGGACACCACAGAGGACCAGCUGCCAGUUCCGGCAACCUCCAAGAGGGCCACUAGCAUCAGCUCUGGGGGUCUGCUCCACCUGCUACCCGGCAUCGGCAUCACAGUCGACUCGGCGGUGGAGUCGGACUACGGAUCUACCAGCUCCGCCUCGUCCCCGGGCCGCGGCCGCAGUAGCGCCUCGGCUCACACGCCCGUUCCUCCAUCUUCCGGGCCGACGCCGGCGCCGGCACCGGGCGAAAAGUCGGUGUGGCUGAACCCGACCGAGGCCGCCUUCCUCCUGAGGGAGUACCACGAGCACAUGCAGCACCUGUUCCCCUUCGUCGUCGUGCCCGCGCACGUGAGCUCCGACGAGCUGCGGCGGCAACGGCCCUUCCUCUGGAAGGCCGUCAUGACCGAGGCCUGCCACAUGGACGGGCGCCGCCAGACGGCCAUGGGCCACCAGGUGCUGACCGAGAUGGCGGCCGCCACCAUCACAGCGUCAGCGUCAGCGCAGACGCUGGACCUGCUGCAGGGCAUCCAGCUCCUGCUGGCCUGGUUCAACUUUGGCAUGACGAGCUUCCAGAUCACGAACCUGCUCUUCCUCGCCCGCUCGCUCUGCUUCUCGCUCGGCCUGGGCGAGCCGCAGGGUAGCGGCGGUGGCCCGCUGACGUCGGCGAGGCUGGAGGAGAUGCGGGCGUAUGCCUGCACGUACUAUCUGGUGACCUUAACAUUUACGUCCAACAAGAAGCCGGAUGCGCUCAUGGGCACGUCGCACAUCGACGCCUGCUGCGAGGCCAUCCAGUCCAGGAUGGAGCACCCCACCGACCAGCUCCUGCUACAGCUCGUCAGGGUCCAGCAGCUCAUCCAGUCCAUCCACCUGGCGCUCGUCCCCUUUGCCCAAAGCGCGCACGCCAGGGGCAACACCACCACCCUGCCGCCCGGCACGCCACCCCUGGGCGUCGUGGUGAGGGACUUCCAGCGGCGGAUCGCCGAGUUCGAGCAGAGCGUCCCGGAAGACCUAACGGACCACCCGGGCCUCAGGAGCCACAUCACCGUCGCCCACAUCCAGCUCUACGAGAUCAGCCUCAACGAACUGCCGCGUCCGCCGCCGCCGCCGCCGCCGCCGCUCCCGGACCGCCCCGGCUUCGAUACCACCGCGCUUGCCCACCAGGUGGCGGCGGCGGCGGCGGCGGCGGCCGACGAGCCAGAAGAACGGCUCGAGCUCCUCUGGCUGUGCCUCGACGCGUGCCGACGGUACAUGGCCUUCCGGUUCAGCGGCGGGGGCGUCCCGCCCGCGCGCAACCCGCGCCCCCACACCGUCUGCCUGUCGGCGUCGCUCGACUUCGUCGUCGCCAUGAUCACGUCGCUCAAGCUCUGGAUGCUGCAGGCGCCGCCGCCCGGCUGGGACCGCGCGUCGGCGCGCAAGGGGCUCAACCUCGAGGUCAUGGCCGACCACAUGAUCGAGGAGCUGCGCGAGGCCGUACUGGAUCGGCAGUGCACCAUCGCCGGGUACUUUUCUGGUGGCGAGGGAGGAGGAGGAGGAGGAGGAGGGCGGCAGGUGCCCCAAGACGACGACGGGGGCGGCGGCCCGCUAGACCUGUUCGAGACGCUCCGCCAGCGCAUGGUGUUCAUCCGCACCGCGCUGCUCAGCGAGGCGCGGGACUCUGCCCGGGACGCGCAGGCCGCCGCCGCCUCGGCCCGCGCGGGCCCGUCGGUUGGUGGUGGUGCGAGUGACGCUACUACUACUGCUGCUCGGUGCGCGUACGAGGGGCAGGGCCAGCAGGACCAAAGUACCGGCCAGCGGCUCGAACAAGACAGGCAGGUGCUGCAGCAAGAUGAACAACAGCAGCAGCAGCAACAAGAGCAACUAGAACUGCUGCCCCCGCACGUCCCCAUGGCGGAUCUGGACUUGGAUAGCUGGGCGGCAAAUCUGUUUAUCGGAGAGGAGGACUGGGAUCCCUCGACCAUGAUGGUGUUUGACUGGUCGACGUAGCAGCCGUUGUCAGCUGUUUAUUUGUUUUGUAUCAUUUUGUGGCGUUUUGCAGCGUCUGGGUUUUGGGAGCCAAGUUGGGGUUUUGCGGUUUGACGGCGCCAUUGAUGUUUAUUACGGGACCAGAACCAGGACAUCAAACGUCUUGUCGGUUUUGUUCCGAGAACAAAUUCCACUCAGCAGGCAGGAAUAGACACACACACCUUUUUGACACUGACAUUGACACCGACGGCAUUGCAAGGCUCGUCC